AUGGACCUAGUAACAGAAGGACAAAGAUUCCACCAAUCAAACUACAUGAACUCUGCGUUGUCAUACUUGCGUUGUUUGACCAGUGCACCACCGUCAACGUCGCCGUCCGGCCGCCUCCACGGAAUUCUGAUCACCAUAGCCGACGCGGCGUACCGCGCUAGCAAGGCGACGGAGACGGCAGCGACACCUUCACCUUCAGCUCAGGCCCUCUCCUACAGUGUGCCACUGUUGUCAGCCUUCCUUGCCUUUGCUAUUGCCCAAUUCCUCAAGGUCAUCACCACCUGGUAUAAAGAAAGAAGAUGGGAUCCUAAAAAGAUUGUUGGCUCAGGUGGAAUGCCAUCAUCUCAUUCUUCAACUGUGGUGGCACUUGCAGUAUCCAUAGGUCUACAUGAAGGAAUUGAAUCAUCAACAUUUGCCAUUGCUGUUGUCUUAGCUUUUAUUGUUAUGUAUGAUGCAUCUGGAGUCAGACUCCAUGCUGGACGCCAAGCUGAAGUUUUAAACCAAAUUGUGUGUGAAUUUCCUCCUGAACACCCUUUAUCCACAUCCAGACCUCUUCGUGAUUCUCUUGGACAUACUCCAUUACAGGUGAUUGCAGGGGGGGUGUUAGGAGUUAUGGUGGCAUUCGUGAUGAAAGCAUCUGAUUAAUGCAAAGCGUUCAUUGCUCUCAUUAUAUUGAAAAAAAGAUAUUAUUAUUUGAAUUGUCAAAUUUACCCUUUGUAAAGUGUAUCAAACUGUUGUGGUAUAAAAGAAAAAAUGUAUUGGUUAAUACUUGAUAGUGGUAGAUUCUCAAGACUUUUUCAUGGUGCCUUAGGAUUUUGCAAAAUGUGUUCAAAUUUCCUAAAUUAUUUUAUUUAUAAAAGUUAUAGGACAUGUUUGGUAAAAGUUUAUUGUAUGCUUUUAUUUGAAGUAAC